AUGUUUUUUGUGUGGAGCUUCUAUUUGCUUCUUGUUAUUUGCAUCAUCCAAUAUUUGUAUACACGAAGUAAAGUUUCUACAAAUGGGGAUGCUAAAUUCCGACAAUUUCAAAUUGAAUAUCUUUUAGUGUAUUUACUCGCUGUAGCUGGUGAUUGGCUUCAAGGGCCACAUGUAUACGCAUUAUAUGAUUCUUACGGGAUGACAAAACAUGAGAUCGAACUUCUGUUUGUUGCAGGCUUUGCUUCUAGCCUUAUAUUUGGUACAUUCAUUGCUUCCAUUGCUGACAAAUAUGGACGUCGAUCAAAUUGUCUGCUCUACUCCUUGUUAUAUGGUGUGGCAUGCAUCACAAUACAUUUCUCAAAUUUUUGGAUUCUAACAAUUGGUCGAAUAUUCAGUGGCAUAUCAACGUCAGUUCUUUGCAGUGCAUUUGAAUCAUGGCUUAUCUUUGAACAUAAUAAAAGAGGUUUUUCUAAAGAUUUAUUGUCAACUGUAUUUUCACACGCUGCUUUAGGUAAUUCUGUUGUAGCUAUUAUUUGUGGGGUGAUAGCGCAGUAUGCUGCAGACAUUUUCGGUUACGUAGCUCCAUUCGACGUAUCCCUUGCAGUAUUAAUCAUGAUGGCAUUUUGUGCAAUGUUUUGUUGGACUGAAAAUUAUGGCUCUGAAAAAGUAAUUCUCAGUGAGCAAUUCAUUAAUGCUUUCAAUGCUAUAAAAAAUGGCAAAUUAUUAUAUAAACAAAUGACACAAUGUGAGAAAGUAUUUUUAGACCAGAAAAUCUUAUGUCUGGGAUUGAUUCAGAGUUUAUUCGAAGGAGCUAUGUAUAUGUUUGUAUUACAAUGGACUCCUUCCUUAUCUGAUGCUUAUAAUGGAAUGGUCUCACAUGGAUAUAUCUUCGCUUCAUUCAUGGUAGCAGUUAUGAUAGGUUCAACGAUUUUCAGACUAAUUAUCAAGUACCAAAGACCUGAUUCGUUUCUCAGAUUUGUAUUACUAUUAUCGGCAUUUUGUUUAAUUACACCUACUAUAUGGCCCAAAGAAGCGGUCAUCAUAUUUGUAGCAUUUAUAUUGUUUGAGAUUUGCAUUGGAAUAUUUUGGCCUGCAAUGGGUGUAAUGCGUGGUAUUUACAUUCAUGAAAAUACUCGAGCAACCAUAAUGAACUUUUGCCGCAUUCCAUUGAAUAUUAUUGUUAUUAUCAUUUUGUUGCAAAAUCUAUCACGUCAAAAUAUUUUCUACUGCUGCGCGGUAUUCAUGGUGUUUGCUAGCAUUAUUCAACAAUAUCUUUUCCAGAGGUUCACAUUAUCCGUUUGA